AUGCCGCCAAGAAGAAGAGCAUCAUCAGACGAAGAUGAUAACAUCAGGCUAAGUGGUUUUCCUCAGACUAUGACUAGUUCGCAGAGAAUGCAACAGACUAGAAUAACACCAACAGGUCAAUUGACAACAGCAUCUUCAUCAAGAACAGGAGCUGCUUCCAGUAGUUCUACCACAAGGAGACCAACAACUGCUAGCAGAACAACACGAUCAUCCGAGAGUGAUGAUGAAAGAUCUAGUGGUGAUGAUACACCACCACCAAGAACGACACCAUCCCGACAAAAAGCCACAACAACAACACCAGCAAGAAAUUCUGCAGGUGUGCAAAAACAGAAAAAGACAACAACAUCAAAAUCCACAGCUAGAAGACCACCUAGUGGACCAAAGAGAAGACCUGGAGAAAAGGCUUUGGCAGAAAUUAGAAGAUAUCAAAAAACUACACAUACACUUAUUCCCAAAUUAACAUUUGCUCGUUUGGUGAAGGAAAUUUCGGAAAUGGUUGCUGUGAAUAGUCGUCUGAGGUGGCAAGCCCAUGCUAUUGAUGCUGUGCAAACAGCUGCUGAGGAUUAUUUGAUACACUUGUUUGAAGAUUCAAAUUUAUGUGCCUCUCACGCAAAACGAGUUACCAUUAUGGUAAAAGAUAUUCAACUUACGAGAAGAAUUAGAGGUGUAGCCAGAGAAGCUGUCUACCAUUAGUUCAAUCCUAGUGCUCUUAAUACUUCACUUAGUAUUAACACGAACAUUUGUGAAAAUUUUGUAAAUUAAACACCAAAAUAGAAUGGGGCUGGCUGUGACAUUAAAGUUAGGUAAUCAAGCUAUUCCACUAAGAAACUCAAAAUAACAACUAGUUUAAUAAAUUUCUUUUUUAUU